GGUCUAAAUCGAACACACUUAAUGGCACGUACGAAUCUCGCAAGCCUUUCCCCAGCUUGACGGUUCUCUUUUAGCCACGACCGAUGAUCUAUUUUCAAAACUAUUAUUCUAAGACGAUUUUUUUUAAUUAUUUAAAUUGCAUUUAAACUAAAAUAUUACCUAAAUUGGUUUAAUUUGCGCGCAGGUUUUAAUUUUGUCAAGUGCACGGGAGCGAGGACCUUUAUUUUGAAGUGUCACUCCACUGUCCAAAGUAAGUGAAAAGUCUUUGCUCUGACGAAAUUUAAGUUUUAGGCUGCUGAAGAGGUUCGUGUCCGGAUAAGCGAGGAAAAAACGAGCGAGAAUGACUAACUUUUGCUGUUACACAUUACACGAGUUUCUUUAAAAAAAAAAAAAAAAGACCAGAGAGGAAAUUACUUUACACUGAGCAGGUAAUAGAUUAAGAGGCCAAACUCGUUCGACAUUAGGCGGUCUAGCUCGGUGCUAUCUUGAACGCAAAUUACAGCGAAAGGUCUCCUGUAUUUAAGAGUGAGUACUGCAGGAGUUUAGCCGAACUGUAAACAGGUGUAAGACCCAACAGCACUGGAGAUUUGGAUCUGAUUAGAAUAAGCAGUUCGUCAGUGAUCAGAUGUGGCUUUUGGGACUGGAGAGGGGAGACGUGUCACUGAUAAAGCGGCUGGAGCUCAAGAGAUAGCCCCAGUGCAGACAUCGGUCCGGCCCUCACAGGUGAACAGCCACCACAUAACCGGACCUGUUGGCUUUAAAACUUCACUGCCUUGUGAAUUUGACACUUGGCCCUCAUCUGGUGUGGAAGCGACGCGUUUAUGUCAAGAUGGGUUCUCUGUUUCGCAGUGAGGAGAUGUGUCUGGCCCAGCUCUUCCUGCAGUCCGGAUCCGCUUACGACUGCAUCAGUGAACUCGGCGAACUCGGGCUGUUGGAGUUCAGAGAUCUCAACCCUAGUGUGAACUCCUUUCAGCGCAAGUUUGUCAAUGAGAUCAAGAGGUGUGAGGAGAUGGAGAGGAUUUUGGGAUAUCUUCUGAGGGAAAUUAAAAAACAAGACAUCCUGCUGCCAGAAGGAGAGGUGAACCCAGCCGCACCUUUACCCAAACAUGUGAUGGGCAUAAUGGAGCAGCUUCAGAGACUGGAACUGGAGCUGAGUGAGGUCACCAGGAACAAAGAGAAACUCCAAAAUAACCUCCUAGAACUGACGGAGUACACACACAUGCUGCGCAUCACACGCAACUUUGUGCACCGCAAUGCAGAGAGGGAGCCAGUGCAGGUCCAGUAUGAAGAGUUCCCCUUUCUAGAGAAGGAACCCAUGAUGGACUACACCAGCAUGCAGAGGCUUGGAGCUAAGCUAGGGUUCAUUUCUGGGCUCAUACAGAGAGUGAAGAUCGAGGCGUUUGAGCGAAUGCUCUGGAGAGUGUGCAAGGGCUACACCAUCCUCAGCUACUCUGAGAUAGACGAGGUCCUGGAAGACCUUGAUUCGGGUGAGCCAACCAGAAGUGUGGUGUUCCUCAUCUCCUACUGGGGAGAUCAGAUUGGACAGAAGGUUAAGAAGAUAUGUGACUGCUACCACUGUCACCUGUACCCAUACCCCAACAGUAAUGAGGAGAGGGCUGAUGUGGUGGAGGGACUCCGUACACGCAUUCAGGACCUGCACACGGUUCUUUACCGAACUGAGGUUUACCUGAGGCAGGUGUUGAUAAAGGCCUCAGAGUCUGUUUACACUUGGGUGAUCCAGGUUAAGAAAAUGAAGGCCAUAUACCACAUCCUCAACCUCUGCAGCUUUGAUGUCACAAACAAGUGCCUCAUAGCUGAGGUGUGGUGUCCUGUAAAUGAUCUGCCUGCAAUUCGGAAGGCGCUAGAGGAGGGAUCAAGGAAGAGUGGAGCCACAGUUCCCUCUUUUGUCAAUCGAAUUCCAAGUAACGACACUCCACCGACUCUCAUACGCACUAACAGGUUUACCUCAGGCUUUCAGAGUAUAGUGGACGCCUAUGGCGUUGGAAGCUACAGAGAGGUCAACCCAGCUCCAUACACAAUCAUUACCUUUCCCUUCCUGUUUGCUGUGAUGUUUGGAGACCUCGGCCACGGCAUCAUCAUGGCACUGUUUGCUCUGUGGAUGGUUCUCUAUGAGAAUGACCGCAAGCUUAAGAAAACCAGGAAUGAGAUCUGGAACAUGUUUUUUGAGGGCCGUUACAUUAUCCUGAUGAUGGGCGUAUUUUCAGUCUACACCGGACUAAUAUACAAUGACUGCUUCUCCAAAUCACUCAACCUUUUUGGCUCAGGAUGGAGCAUCAAAGCCAUGUUUGACCAUGGAAACUUGACCAUGAACACACUCCGCUCAAAUGGCUUCCUCGCACUUGAUCCAAAUGUCACAGGAGUCUUUAAAGGGCCCUAUCCUCUGGGGAUUGACCCGAUCUGGAACCUGGCAUCGAACCGUCUCACCUUCCUCAACUCCUAUAAAAUGAAGAUGUCUGUUAUUUUAGGAAUAAUUCACAUGACGUUUGGCAUCGUCCUUGGAGUUUUCAAUCACAUGCACUUCAGGCGGAAGUUUAAUCUGUACCUGAUAUUUCUGCCUGAGCUGCUCUUCCUGCUGUGCCUCUUCGGGUAUCUGGUCUUCAUGAUCGUCUAUAAGUGGCUGGUUUUCACAGUCAGGGACUCUCAGACAGCUCCCAGCAUCCUCAUUCACUUUAUCAACAUGUUCCUUAUGCAAGGGGACUCUAGCCAGCUGCUUUUCCCAGGACAGGCUGGUCUUCAGGCGUUCCUGUUGAUUGUGGCCCUGCUCUCUGUGCCUGUGUUAUUACUGGGUAAACCUCUCUACCUCUACUGGCUACACAAGGGCAGAGACCGUCUGGGCAUGUACAGGGGUUAUCAGCGUGUACGGCGGAGCAGUGAAGAAGAGCUCUCUCUCUUGCACACACAUGAUAUGGAGGAGGGCAGCAGCCUGGACAGCCAUUCCAGCAACUCUGACAGCCAAUCAGAGGAGUUUGACUUUGCAGAUGUUUUCUUGCAUCAGUCCAUCCACACUAUAGAGUACUGCCUGGGCUGUAUCUCUAAUACUGCAUCCUACCUCCGGCUGUGGGCUCUCAGUCUGGCACAUGCCCAGCUGUCUGAAGUGUUGUGGGCGAUGGUGAUGCGGGUGGGUCUGCGUGUGGACACUGGUGUGGGUAUCGUGUUCCUGGUGCCUGUCUUCGGCCUGUUUGCUGUCUUCACCGUGUCCAUCCUACUUGUGAUGGAGGGACUUUCUGCCUUCCUUCAUGCUCUCAGGCUCCACUGGGUGGAGUUUCAAAACAAGUUCUACAGCGGUGCUGGCAUCAAGUUUGCACCGUUUGCCUUCUCUCUCUUGCACAGCAGCUUUGAGAAUGAUGGGCUAUUAUGAACUGAUAAUUCAUAUCUUGUCUGGAGAUAUCAGAUCAGAGAACAGCAAAUGUGUUUCCAACAAUGUGAACGUCUUCCAACAGACUGAACUGAUUUACAGACUGAGCCGCAUCAGAUGUUUGAUGAUACUGGGACAUGCAACAAUAAUACAAACACACUGAGAUCUUACGCAAAACUAAAGAGACUUUGGAAUUGAAAUAGGACUUGGUGACAUUGAGUAGUGCUUCAGUUCUGUUGAAUGUAUUUAAAUUCUACACACUCACAAAAGUGCUGGUUGCUUAUAUCAUUUUCUACCGUGUUGCCUGAUGGCUAUGCAGAGAUGGGGUGUCUCUCCAUAGCUAAGCACAUUCCAUGAAUGACUUUAAGAUUCCUUAUAUAUAAACAAAAUCCUAAUUUGAUUUUAACAGAAGAUGUCAAUUCUAUAGCUGUAGAUUGUUCCUCUCCUCAUUUUCACUGUGUUGAUCCUGCCUUUCCCAUAAGGCUAAUUUAUAAAAUGUAAUGGUACACUUGAAAUAAUGGUAAAAGAUAAUGCUAUUAUGGGUUUAUGAUACAGCAUGUAUUGAUAGGUGUUGGCUUACAAAGGCCUAAGAUUACAGUAUGCCGUCUUGGUGGUGGAACAUUUAGAAAGAUCUGCUGUACAAGAACACCUGAUAGAAAUAUCUGAGCCUCCUAUUGACUAAGUGCCAAACAUAGUGCCUAACUAAUGUAUUCAGAUUGGUGGUGAACUGGGUUUAUUUUUGCUGUCAACAGUCAUUAGAUAUGGUUAAAUUAAUCUGUUGCUGUUCAGGGCAAAACUUGAGGUCAGACAAUUCUAAAAGUCAAUUAAUUUUGUUUUAUAAUGAUGUCAAAUGUUUUUAGUGAUCUUAAACUGUCACAGAUCUGUUCAGCUACUCUUUGUUCUGCCUCUUUACAAUGGUCUUUUUCAUUUAACUCUUGACAUUAAUGUGAGAGAUUGUGGUGUGUGAAUUAUGAGCCACUAAAUUCAUUCCAGUUUCUGGUUUUUAUUUUAUUAACAGUGCUCAUUAAACGGGUUGGUAUGGUUUGAAGAGUGUGCAUUGUUACAGUAACCAUACAUUCCAUAGUUUGGCUAUGACAUUUGUAUAUUUAAUAUUACUCAUCAAAUCAAACCAUUGAAGCUGAGGUAAUAAAGCAGAUAGUUUGAUUAAAUAA